AUGUCUGGAUUUGCUACUCACCAAUCUAUUGAGGAUAAUGUGGCUUGCUUUGUGGCCCAUGGCCUCGUUCAGGAUUACCCAACCCACACUGCAGCUGUUAUUCAUUCUGUGAAGGGAGCAGUUGAUAUUUGUACGGGGGGAACAGUUACUGUUCCUUCUACACCAGAAGCAGCUCCUAUAUCUUCUGCUCAAGAAGCGGCCACUGUCUCUUCUACUCAAGAAGCGGCCACUGUCUGUACUACGCAGGAAGCGGCCACUGUCUCUUCCACACAGGAAGCAGCUACCGUCUCUACUACGCAGGAAGUAGAGGCUGUUAGUUCUAUUCACUGAGCUAAUAGCACCGAUCGUAUCAUUUGUGCUCUAAUACAUGGCAGGCUCAGAUCGCGUCACUGCGCAUGCGGAAGCUCUUCAAAUACAUCAGGAAAUGCAACUAUUGCCUAUACGGACUCCAUUUGGGGAGUCUAGAUAGCUCGCUAGCUACCUUAGCUCUUUCUGGAAAUACCUGAAGUCGUUGCUCCCUUUCACUCUACGCAGCCGACCACGAUAUAAACGAUACUACCGCCAUUAUUGAUGCUGUUCACCCGCACACGAUAGUUCUGCAUCAAACAGAGAUGAAAAUGUGGCUUAAGGAAAAAGAAAAAGAAUUUUGGUACAAAGACUGGGGAUGGGUUUGCACCACCCCCAAUGUCUCGUUUGGAAGAAGCUGCCUUCAGCAUCAUCAGCGUUACACAUCAUUUUGGCGAUAGAAUGUUUUACGCCACUACAGCACUAUAGCCAGUUAUCUUUAUAAUUUCUAUGAUUAUACCUC